UCUGAAUCAAACCGAGCGGAUCUAACCUACUUAUCCGUCCUGCAGCAGCAGCCUGUCGGUCUGCUGUCGGUGUAUCAGCCGGUCCGGAGCGUCGGUGUGUCUGUGGAGCCGAGCCGAGCCGAGCCGGUCCGGUCCGUGUGCGUGCGCGCGUGUGUAGCUGACCCGGUUUCUUCUCCGUGCUGUGGACCGGGAGAGCCGCUCUCUCUCCGCACCAACAUUCUCUUUAAUGACCGGAUUUGUGUUUUGCUGCGCGAUGUACAUGGACAGAAGCAGCCUGAGCAGCAGGGGUCCCUCCUCCUCCAGUCCCACCUUGUUGACUAAGAGUCUUUCGCUGGAGCCGUCUUGCUCCCCGUGCGGCCACCAGGGGGCGCUGGACGCUGACGCUCCCCAGCAGCCGAGCUCCGACCCGGGGCCCAGCACCUCCUCAUCAGGGCCCGCCUCCCUGGGUGGGGGAGCGGAGCUAACAGAAAGCCGCGGCUCCGAUAAUGGGCAGCUCCUGGUCAACGACACGGGGCCGCCGGAGCUGCCAGCUACCACAAUAACACCACCGAGCAAGAGCAGACCGCCGCUGCCUGGACCGAAACCUCAGGUCCCCCCAAAGCCCCCCCACCUUCAGCAACAGGUGGGGGUUUUGAGGCCACGCCCCCGGGCUCCAGACAAGCCCCUCCCACCUCCCCCGCCCUGCAGACCCCUCCCUGCAGACCCCCGGGGGGGCCGGACUCCGCCAACCCGCGCUGACGGCACCGCCUCCCCCACCUGCGUCCUGUCACUCAUCGAGAAGUUUGAGCGGUGACAGAUCAUCGUGGUUCCUGACAUCACCGGGGGGGCUCUGUGUCCCCGCCUCCCUGACCCCCCCUCCUCCUCCCGACCUUCAUCACCAUCUUCAUCGUCACCGUCUGCUCCUCCCCCUCCUGACGAGGAGCCGCCCUCAGAGAUCAAAGGUCAUGAUGACAUCACACUGGCGGGUGAGGGGGAGGAGGGAGAUGACCAUGAUGAUGACGAUGACGAUGAUGAAGAGCUGGUCGCGGCGUGUCGGGAUGACCUCCAUCAGAAGCGUCUCUCCAUGGAGUCGGGUUACAGCGCCUCUGAGAAACACCUGGAGGACGAUGGGGUUGCCGUGGAGAUGAGGGAGCAACAGCAGCAGCUGCCGCUGCUCGACCAAUCAGAGCUCCCCUCGGAGCGCUUGUCCCUCCCCUCUUCGCAGACGGACGGGAAGCUGGCCAAUCGGGACAGCGGCAUCGACAGCAUCAGCUCUCCGUCGCACAGCGAGGAGCUCUGCUUUGCUGGCGUGGACGAUGGGGGCGUGGCUUACCCCUGCAGCCCCGCCCUCCUGCCCCGCCUCUCCAGCUCGUCCUCAUACGCAGGGGAGGGGGAGGGGGAGGAGGCGCGGGGCGGAGUCAGAAGGAGGAGGGAGUUCUCUGAAGAAGGAGACAGUGACCUGGAGGAGGAGGAGGCGGAGCUUACGCUGGUACUGCCCCCCCCCAAGACAGACAGACAAGACUCUGUUGAGCUGUCUGUCCAGCAGAGAGUCUUCAACAUCGCCAACGAGCUGCUGCACACGGAGACCGCCUACGUCUCUAAGCUCCACCUCCUGGACCAGGUGUUCUGUGCCCGGCUCCUGGAGGAGGCUCGGUCUCGCUCCUCCUUCCCCUGCGACGUCGUUCAGGGAAUCUUCUCCAACAUCUGCUCCAUCUACUGUUUCCAUCAGCAGUUCCUGCUGCCGGCGCUGCAGAAACGGAUGGAGGAGUGGGACUUGAACCCACGGAUCGGGGACAUCCUGCAGAAGCUGGCUCCCUUCCUGAAGAUGUACGGCGAGUACGUGAAGAACUUUGACCGAGCCAUGGAGCUGGUGAACACCUGGAUGGAGAGAUCAGCUCAGUUCAAGACCAUCAUCCAGGAGAUCCAGAGGGAGGAGCGUUGCGGGAACUUGACCCUGCAGCAUCACAUGCUGGAGCCGGUUCAGAGGAUUCCUCGCUACGAGCUGCUGCUCAAAGAUUAUCUGCACCGCCUGCCAGAGGAUGCGCCGGACUACAGGGACGCCCAGAAGUCUCUGGAGCUGAUCGCCACGGCCGCAGAACACUCCAACGCUGCAAUCAGGAAGAUGGAGCGAAUGAGGAAGUUGCUGAAGGUGUACGAGUUGUUGGGAGGAGAAGAAGACAUCGUUAACCCCACAAACGAGCUCAUUAAAGAAGGACACAUCCUGAAACUGUCCAAUAAGAACGGGACCACGCAGGACCGAUACCUCAUACUGUUUAAUGACAGGUUGCUGUACUGUGUCCCGAAGCUGCGUCUGAUUGGUCAGAAGUACGGCGUCCGUGCUCGCAUUGAUGUGGACGGUAUGGAGCUGAAGGAGACCAGCAGUGUUGCAGUUCCCAGGACGUUCCUGGUGUCUGGAAAACAGAGAUCCCUGGAGCUGCAGGCCAGGACGGAGGAGGACAAGAAAGACUGGAUACAGGCCAUCCAGGCGACCAUCCAGAGACACGAGCAGACGAUGGAGAGCUUCAGACAUCUGAACUGUUCACUGCGAGACGACGAGUCCACGCCGCCUCACUCCCCGAGUUGCGUGGAGCUCGGAAAGAGAGCGCCGACUCCGAUCCGAGAGAAGGAAGUCACGCUGUGUAUGAAGUGUCAGGAGCCGUUCAACUCCAUCACCAAGAGACGCCAUCACUGUAAAGCCUGCGGACACGUGGUUUGUGGGAAAUGUUCAGAGUUCCGCGCUCGCCUGUCGUACGACAACAACCGAACCAACCGCGUUUGCGUCGACUGCUACGCCAUGCUGGUGGGAGUGUCGCCCUCGCCCAACACGCUGACCAGCAGCUCCCACAGGAGGCGCUCCAUCCUGGAGAAACAGGCCUCCCUGGCGGCAGAGAACAGUGUGAUUUGUAGUUUUCUUCACCACAUGGAGAAAGGCAGCGGGCGGGGCUGGCAGAAGGCCUGGUUCGUCAUCCCUGACAAUGAGCCGCUGGUGCUGUACAUCUACGGAGCCCCACAGGACGUGAAGGCGCAGCGCAGCGUGCCGCUGAUUGGCUUCGAGGUCCUCCUUCCCGAGUCAUGUGACCGCCUGGAGCGACGCCACGCCUUCAAGAUCUCUCAGAGUCACCUGACUCUGUACUUCAGCGCUGACGGGGAGGAGCUACAGCGCAGAUGGAUGGACGUUCUGUCGAGGGCCGGGAGGGGGGAGGAGCAUCAGGUCCACCGGCCAAUUGUGGAGAGCCUGGAGGAGGAGGGGGAAGAGCUGGCGGCUGCAGCAGAGGGCGACAACACGUGAUUCUAUUGGACGAGGAAGGAUGGCGAUGAUGGUCUUUUAAAAUAUUAAUCCCUUUUGGAAACCAGAACAAAACCAGUACAUACAGUCAUAUAUUUAACACACACACACACACACACACACUCUGAGCUCUCUGUGUAUUUAAAGUUGCGUCGUUCGUCUGCAUGAUUCCUUUUUUUUUUCACCUGUCCUACAUCACAGCAAGGUGGGCGGAGCCUCUCUAACUUCUUUUUUUUAACAGUAACAUCAGAACACAGUGCCACGCCGUUUUGACUCUCCUCAGUCUGGAAGGUGUAACACUACAGUACCCACAAGCCUCAGCUGCCAGAACUGUGACCUCAUAUUCAGAAAACUGAUCCAUAAUUUAAAAGUGAUAUACAGUCAAACGCCGAUCACAUUUAUUCUGCCGUGUCCCCCUUAACUACUUUUGUAAUCGUGUGAGGAUCAAUAACGCAGCGCACACUCCAGAUCCAGUUCCUGAGAGAGAAACCUGGUGGUGAGAGACGGGAUGGAGUUACUUACAGACCAGGAAAACUGGACUCUACCAGGACACAGUUAGUCUAGUUAGUAUAAUCCAGCCCAGAAUCCCUGUGAAUCAUGUUCUUAUUGGACAAUUCUGCACCUCAUAGUUUACGUCUGACGUUUACAGCGAAUACAGCAAGUAGCAUGUUUGCAGAGAGUAAAGGACGUGGUUCUGUUCAUGUGGGCUGUGGAGGAUUCACCUCUAACCAAAGCUUGUAUAAAAGAAGUGGACGUAGCCGCCGUGACAUCACCUGUCGGUCGGUGGACUACCGUUUUGAAGCCUCCAGUUUGGCAGUUUGGCCGUCGCCAUCUUGUUUUUUUUGGAACCGGAUGU